AAAUUUAACUUCCUUCCCUUUUCUAUUUCAUAUAUUAACUAAAUUACAAUAAAGAAAUGAUUGGUGCUAUUACUGGUAAAUUCCGUAAACAAGCUAUUAAAGACAUUACAAUCUCUCUUGUUCUUGGCUUUUCUGGCGGUGCUGCUUGGUGGAAUCUUUAUCACAUUCCCAAUGUUCAAAAGCGUGAUGCUUAUUAUGCCAAGCUUGAAGCUAGCAAGCAAUAAAUGAGUUAUUUAACAAUGCUAUAAUUUAAUGUAAAUCAACAAAAAAAAAAAAAGAAAGAGAUGAGUUCGAUGUUUAAAUGA